GGGGGAGACGACAAGAUGGCGGCGGCGCCGUCCGGCGGGGCGGCGCGGCGGGUGCAGCUGGUGCUGGGGCACCUCGCCGGUUCCCCCCCGGGGACCAGCACCGGGAUUCGAGCCGCGCCGUGCGGAAGCCGGGCCGGGGUCUCGUCGCGGGCCGCCGGCCCCGACGAUGUGGUGGUGGUGCACGGGCGGAGGACCGCCAUCGGCCGCGCCAAGCGCGGCGGCUUCAAGGAUACUACACCCGAUGAACUGCUGUCUGCUGUUAUGACAGCUGUCCUUCAAGAUGUCAGUCUUCGUCCUGAGGUCCUGGGAGACAUCUGUGUGGGAAACGUGCUGCAGCCUGGAGCUGGCGCUUUGAUUGCAAGAGUUGCACAGUUUCUAAGUGGUAUUCCAGAGACAGUGCCGUGCUCGAGUGUGAACCGGCAGUGCUCCUCCGGGCUACAGGCCAUUAUCAAUAUAGCUGGUGGUAUCCGAAAUGGAUCAUAUGACAUUGGCUUGGCCUGUGGCGUGGAAACGAUGUCCCUUAGAAGUGCAAAUAACCCUGGUGAUAUCAGUUCCAGUAUGAUGGAAAACAGCAAAGCUCGAGACUGCCUUAUUCCUAUGGGAAUAACCUCAGAAAAUGUGGCAGAGAAGUUUGGAGUUUCCCGAAAGAAGCAAGAUGCCUUUGCCUUGGCUUCCCAACAAAAAGCAGCAAAAGCUCAGCAGAUGGGACUGUUUAAAACUGAGAUUGUUCCAGUGAAGACCACUGUUCUAGAUGAUCAGGGCAACCAAAAAACAAUCACCGUGCACCAAGAUGAAGGGAUUAGGCCCUCCACGACCCUGGAAGGUUUGGCAAAGCUGAAGCCUGCCUUCAAAGAGGAUGGUAGCACUACAGCAGGUAAUGCCAGCCAAGUCAGUGAUGGAGCAGCUGCUGUUCUCCUGGCAAAACGCUCAAAAGCAGCACAACUGGGACUCCCAGUCCUGGGAGUGCUCAGGUCCUUUGCUGUGGUUGGAGUCCCACCCGAUGUUAUGGGUAUAGGACCAGCCUACGCAAUCCCUGUAGCUGUGGAGAAGGCAGGUUUGACUCUGAAUGACAUUGAUAUAUAUGAAAUUAAUGAAGCCUUUGCAAGCCAGGCUGUGUACUGUGUUGAAAAGCUGGGCAUUCCCAUGGAGAAGGUCAACCCCCUGGGAGGAGCAAUAGCACUGGGGCACCCACUGGGCUGUACUGGUGCUCGUCAAGUUGUCACUUUGCUCAAUGAAUUGAAGCGCAGAGGGAAAAGAGCAUAUGGUGUUGUAUCAAUGUGCAUUGGAACUGGCAUGGGCGCUGCAGCAGUAUUUGAGUACCCAGGGAACUAAACUCCAGUGUACUGAUGAAACAACAGGACAGCUAAUUCUCUGCCUUCUCUAGUAAUAGGAAAUGAUUUGCACUGUGAAAUCAAGUGGAUUCAGGGAUUCGUGACUAGAUCUACAAAUUUGAGGCACAAAUGGCAAAGUAGAAUAAAUCGUACAGAUCUACUAAGCAGGUGGGAAAAUGCGAAACUGGCAUUUGCUUCAGAGUUAAAAAGCAUUCUGACAUGAGAAGAGAAAUUAGUUCAGCUGAAGUUCAACUCCAGGCCCUUGUGUGGUGAUGAUGAAUGAAUAUUUCUAAUUUAAUCGAUCCCUUUAUUCUGUGAAUAUUACCAGAGAGCAGUAGUUCCUGGUACAGUAUUUUUGUAUGACAGAUUGUCUAAAAGGGUCGCUCAAAAACAUCAGUGCACAGGAAAAGGCUUUUCCAGGGUUUUCUUAAAAGAUUUCACCAUCUUGCAAGAAGUCUAGAACAGCUUGUUUUGAAAGCAGUGCAGAGACUUAACAUCAUUUCCUUUACAACUCUGUCUGUCCUAUCCAAGUCAUAAGUUGGCUAUGUCUUAAAUUGUCCCUGUGCUGGAGGAUGUGCUGUAGCUUCCUGAUUUUAACCAAGCUGCUCUCAAGGCUCCAGCAGGGGAAAGUGGAAGAACUAGAAUGUAAUAGACACAGGAGGUGCCUGAAUAGAAAGGUUCAGCUGAACUGCUAGAAGCCAGGAGUUUGAAAGCGGCCAUUCCAUCUUUUCCAACACAUUUCUAAUUAUCAGCUUGUGUGACUCUUAACUUAGAGGACAAGCUUAUGCUCAAUAAUAUUUAAUUACCUAACAUAAAACAGAUUUCAGCAUUACUCUUAACUGCAAGCACUUGCGUGAACAUCAGUGACAUCUCCGUACUUCAGUGCUAAUACAAAUGUGUAUUUAAUCUUGUGAAGUCUCCCUUACCUGUUCUCUCUCUCAUGAGCAGAAAGAUCACUGAAACUCAGAGCUAACAGUUUGAAAAAGAAAUGUACUCAUCGUCUUUGACAUGUUAGCAAAGUUUAAUUUUGUAACACAGACUGAAGUUCUUUGUCCUGGCUCUUGUUUUUGCACUUAAUAAUACAAUUGGGGUUUUGCAAUA